CAGCCAGCAACACUCCAAUUUGCCUCGUUGUGAUACACAUGUCUUAAAGACACCCAUUCCUUCUUGUUAUCUUCCUUCUGUUAUGCGCAGCUCCCACCCAUUCAUCUGAACGACGCUUCUCAUUCAUCUCUAAUAGCCGGCAUACUUCAAUGGAAGCGCCUGUCAUAAUUUCCGGCGAGUCGUCUGGUACGGUUGUCGCACGAGAGGAGCAAGCGGCCGUCGAUGUGAACACCGACUCUAACGAAUCUGACGCAACACAACCUAAAUCUACCACUGACGGUGAAGAGCAGGCUUUGGAGUCUCAUGAGGUCAUCGAGCUACAGACAUUCAUCGAGAGAAAGGCUUGGAUAGAAGAGAAAAUAAAAUUCUUAGAAAGAUUGCCGCCUAUAGAGGUGUUCGUCGGAAUAGAGGCGCUGCAGAUCUCUGCCGAGGACAUUCCCGGUCUGCCCUCCCGGUCCAAGCUUCAAAAGUGGCUACAGGACCACGAAUCUAUAGAGAAAGAAAUUGAGAUAUUUGAUACCGGCGAAUUGAAGAAGUUAAGAAAGCUAACCAGAGCUGCAACUCAACGAAAUCUCUCGCCAGAGGAUACCGAUCUCAUUGAAUUGACGCUAACGACUAUUUAUGAAUUGGAUAUAUUACUUCACCUACUCCGCGACCGUUCUGAGAACUUGGAUUUGUUGGGUGUGAGGAUGUCGUGGGAGGAAAACCGGGUUGCUGCAUGGGUUGAACGCAGGCAAAUCAUCGCAGAUCUCAAUACUUUUUUGGAGGAUCGUGCUCGAUGGUCAGCAUCUUUCUACGAUGCGCCCGUCAGCACCGCAGACCCCACGACACCUCGACGGCGAGGAUCUACGGCAUCUCUCGCGUCCAUCGCUUCAGAAAAUGCGUUGUUCCCUGCAGGAUUCUCUCGGCCAGUAAGGUUUACACAGGUGGAGGCACUGUCACGAGACAGUGCUCACUUUGCUGGCCGAGUCACUGCGCUUAGACACGGGAACAUUUCUACUGCCGGCAAAAUUCUCGAUAAAAUGAUUGACCAUAGUCGCAAACCUGUUCCUGAUCAGCUCCUGGAUGAGCAGGAUAAACUUGAAGAAAUGGGGAUCACUCAAAUGGAGGACAUUGGCAAGUUCGUUAUGAAUGUGGUUAUGCAAUGGAGAAAAGCAGAUGACACACAUGUGGAGACAAUGAAAGAUCAAGUAUCGGCCCAGACUCUCCUUGACGAUAUUGAGGCAGCGAGAUCGACCCAUCCUACUGGUCGCCAAAGUGCCUCAUUCGUGACUCGUGCCGAGGCUCUCCGCAAGAGGCUGCUAGUGAGAGGGGAUCCCAUGUCUCAACCAUCCACAUUACCGACACCAGUUCACGCAUUAUUUCCCGAGCAGCAAUCUUUCAACAAAACACUCGUUCAACAGCUAUCUAACGAAAUCACCUCUGCGACGACAAUGUGCAAGAAGGCCGAAGCGGCGGCGGCAGAUUAUCGUUCGACGUAUGAAGCUGUCCAUGCCUACGAGGAUAUAACCCAAACUGCCGACAGCUUGAGUGCAAAGCUUUGGGAUAUAACCCAAAGGCUAGAGACGGGAGUUACCUCGAAUAACGGAGAUGGUUCACCCCCCAAUCUGCUCUUGGAUGGCUGUCUCGAACCAACAAAACAUGGUGUAUUUCUUGCUUUGAUGCCAUCCAUUUUUCAGGAACUACAAAGCGUCGGCACCGCUGCUUCUCAGCUUGUACGGAACGUACCGGAAGCUUUGCUCCGCCUGAACUUUCCAGCUGUAGAUUCUGAUUUCCAGUCUAAGGGUAUCACGGCAGUAGAGGAACUGAAGGACCGUCUGGCCAAUGUGGAAGAGGUCCGCACGGAACUAGUCGCGCGCACUGAGAGACUAAGGGAGGCGAGGCGAAUUCGAAAUCUCAUGGAUAUACAUUCUCGAGACUUGCGGGCCUUCCUCAAAGAAAUUAGCAUGUCCAUGCAGAAGCAUAGAUGGAGGCAGGAUGCAGAACGCAGUAAUGCUCCCCUGACACCAGAGAGUCCACCGAAUAUUCCGUUACCGGCCGACUCGUCAGAUCUGGACUUUCACCAACAGCUUGUCCGGUUUGACAGCAAAUUCGUUAAGGAUAUUGAUUCACCCUUGGAAGUUUUCUGCCAGACUUUGGAACAGCCUCUGGCGGAGUCGCUCCGCCGAACUGCGUCGGAAUUGAAGGUGUUGUUGAAUCGCGGCGGUGAAUUUACGUGUCUACUUUCCUUGAUCAAGGAGCAAGCUACAUCCAUGAUCGGUGUCAAAGCAGAAGUUAACGCAUUCCAACUUCGCAUCGAGGACAUCAGGAUCCAGUACGAAUCAGCGACUCAAGAGUGUCUAUCAGGGCAAGCGAAUGCUGGUCUUUCUUUGCAUAAUCACAUAUGUCUAGAGACCUCCCUUGAUGAUAUUCGUUCUGGGGUUAAUGCUUUUUCUGACAAGCUACCACAGCGAAUUCCAUGGGUCGAAACUGGUGCCAAGCAGUCUGUAACAUGCCCUUCCCCAGCUCCAUUUCCAUUCGCUUUGCGUUCGUUGGACAACGCCGUUCGCCACGAUUGUAAUACGUUUACCAUGAGAUUAAAUGGUGACUUGCGCAGUCUGGAGCAGAAGGCCGACCAUCUCCAUCUAGCAAAACUAGCAAAGGAGGUCGAUUUGUGCGUAUCCGCAACUAUUGAUGACAUCAAUGAUGGUAUACAAAAAUUGUCCGGCUUGAGGUGCUCUUUUCCUGCAGCGCCGACAGAGAAAACGGUUUCCGAAAAUUUGCAGGCCUUGUACAUCUCCACAGAUGACAUUCUGCAAGUACAUUCUACCCGCAUCAGGAGAUCGUUUUCCCCUAUCCGUGAACUACUGCGAAGCAUGAGCACUGCUCGUGGUGUGAACGAUGCUGCCGUCCACGAAUCUCUCUUUCUUUCUCGUACGCGAGCGGUCGACGAUGCAGAACUUAAAUUUACUACUUGGGACAGUAACCUGCUGUCUUUCCGCAACAUUCUAUCCGAUGCGCAGCGUGCCGCAGAGGAAAGGCGGCUUGAGGACGAACGUCGUCUCCAAGCAGAGCAAGAGAGACUAGCUGCUGAAGUAGCAGAGAAAGUACGGAUAGAACGCGAGAAAGAGGAAGAGGGGCGGCGUCUCAAGGAGGUACAAGAGAUGGAACGUCUUCGGGAAGCAGAAAAUGUUCGCCUAUCGGCGAUAGCAGAGGAGAAGGCACGGCUGGAGGCCGAACGGCAAGAGAUUGCUAAGCAAGAAAUCGCAUUAGCUGAAGAGGCGAGGAGGAGGGUCGAGCUUGAGGAACGAGCCCGGUUGGAACGAGAGCGCUCUAUUAUGGAGGUCAAGCUCAAGAAAGCUGAGGAACAAUUAGCUGCAGAGCGGCAAUCUUAUGCCGAUCAUGUUGCAGCAGAGUCACGGAAGAAACUAGAACUGGAAAGCCGUGCCGCUGAAGCAAAAAAACUGGCUUCCUCCGCUGCCCCUGAACCUCUAGAAGACGUCUUUGGUUUGAAGCUCUCACCGAGCGAUGCUCGUCCGCAAAAGUCGCAGGCUAUGAUCGAUUUGCAAGUACAAAUCUUGAACUUGCGUAAAAGGCUGCGCUCGAUAAGUAUAGGCUCAGUCGCUCGAGCGACGUCGUCAUCUUCUGUGCUUCCCACCUCAGAAUUGGUAGAGGGUAUGAAUCGUGACUUCUCCCUUAUCUGCAAGGACGUGGAGCAGUUGCCCUUUUCCGUUGAUGACGCAUCCGUACAAUUGGAGCUGGAUUCUUUGAAGCAAGAGGUAGAUGCAUCCUCCAUUCUUAUGGAUCGUAUCAGGCACUUGGUGUCACUAUCCAAUUCCCUAUGUCUCUGUGAUAAUGCUCUCAGCGAUCUUCUAGAGCAUAUCGAUAGCUAUCCAGCAAUUCCUCUGGGCCUUCUGUCCUCUCCGCACAUCUCGCCUGUGAAUCAGCCUCCAGAGAAGCAAUUAUCAGAACGCCUCACCUUCACCAAAUCGAACAUUGAUAACAUGGACUCUAUCUUUCAAUUGGUUUCUGAGGAUACCCGCGCUAUUGCUGAACGAGAACGCGUCCUGCAGACUUGGAGCGAGCUACGAGAUAUGGCACAAGACCGUAUUACAGGUCCAAAGUCACGGCCAAGUAGUGUGAUUAGCUCAGGCCAGAAUAGUUCAGGUCGUAACAGUCGUGUAUCUAUAGUUGGCACGAAAAAACUCACCAAGAAGAGUACUACUUAUUCGAAUCUGUCGAUACCGUCAUCGUCUCGCGGAGGUUUAACCACCCUAUCUCCUUCCACACCUUCUCGCCGGGCUAUCUCGAGCGCAACUCAAACCCCCUCUCGUUCCGUUAGCCGGAUAUCUAGUGUGGUUUCCAAUAGGUCCACGUCAGGGCCCCUGAGCCUAUACGGUUCUACAUUCGCGUCUCGUCAACGAACAACCAGUCUGAGUUCCAAGGCUGAAACACCGACUAGAGGAACACCCAGCCGGGCCCGUAUUUAUACACCCUCCUUGAAGCGCAGCGCAACUCCCGGUCAUUCCGAUAUGUCUGUGUCCAACGUUGGCUCUCGACCUUCAUCAUCGUGGUCUCGUGCUCCCAGAAUAUCCUUUCCGCGAGGUUCGACUUCCCAAAGACGCCCACCAGCGCCCUCUGCUCCCAGAAAGACGUACAUUGCAAACCCCAAGAGUAAACUCGAUGUGGCAGUUGGAGAUGUUGUCAAUAAUCUUCCUGUUGGUAUCAACAUUGAAGGCAUAUCUUGGAAAGACCAGAGUGGUAAAUACUGGAUUGGCGAUAAUGACCCGAAAUUAUGCUUUUGUCGCAUCCUGCGUUCUCAAACUGUCAUGGUGAGAGUGGGCGGUGGUUGGGCCGAGUUGUCGAAGUUUAUUCGAAGUCAUUUUGCGGAUAGUUUCCGGCUUCUUACAGAGUCGCCUCCUCCAAUGGGCCAUCGAGAAGAAAAAUGGAUUAGCUCUGCUACCUUGCUCGAAACGCCAGAGCUUGCGGAAAUAGAAAACGAGCCCGUUCUCUCGCGUCCUCAUCUGCCCCGGACUCCAGAACCCCACAACUCUUUCCUGCCUUCAUUUGCUCUGUCUACGCCCUCGGGCAAGAGUCCCCAUUCCAUAAAAUCUACUCCAUCAUCUAAAGGCUCACCUUUGACACCAUUACAAUUUAUUCGGCGUGCAGAUCCAGAGACGUCUUACCUACGUCCUACGACGCCCUCCCAGCCUCCCGCGUCUCGUUUGCGGACCAAGGCUUACACACCUGCUCGGAAUACUAUCUGGCGGCCAUGAUCAGGUUAUAUCAUUAUCUAGGACGGAUUUUCAACGUGUAUUUAUGUUUUUCUGCUAGCCAUCGAACGUGACAAUACUCGUUCAAGGUUCUGCAUCAUAUACGUAAAUUUUGACAUUGUCGCAUCGUAUUUGUUUUCGUCUUCGCUUUCUACGUAUUAGUACAUUCGUAAUAAUGUAUCUUCCAGGCACUCAAUAUUCAGUUUAUGAAUACCU